AUGGUUCUUCUAGGAUGGAUUACCACUGGUAAUAUGAAUAACGCACGAUAUUGGCACAGAGCAUCCUUAUUAACAAAUGGAAAAGUAUUAGUUACUGGUGGAUGGGAUGACAGUUCUUUUUUAAAUAGUACUGAGCUGUAUGAUCCAUCAGCAGGAACUUGGACAACGACUGGCAGUUUGAAUAAUGCACGAUCCAGGCACGCAUCAUCCGUAUUGACAAAUGGAAAAGUGUUAGUUACUGGUGGAAGCAAUGGCAGUUCUUAUCUAAAUAGUGCUGAAUUGUAUGAUUCGUUAACAGGAACUUGGACACCGACUGGUAAUAUGCAUGAUGCACGACUUGAGCACGUAGCAUUCGUAUUAACAAAUGGAAAAGUGUUAAUUACUGGUGGAUGGGAUGGUGGAUCUUGUCUAAACAGUACCGAGUUGUAUGAUCCAUCAACUGGAACUUGGACAACGACUGGCAAUAUGAAUAAUGCACGAUAUGGCGGCACAGCAUUCAUAUUAACAAAUGGGAAGGUGUUAAUUACUGGCGGAUGGGGUAUUACUGGUGUUCUGAAUACUACUGAGUUGUAUGAUUCAUCAACAGAAACGUGGACAACGACUGGUAGUAUGAAUAAUGCACGAUAUUGGCACGCAGCAUGCUUAUUGACAAAUGGAAAAGUGUUAGUUACUGGUGGAUGGGAUGGCAGUUCUUAUUUAAAUAGUACUGAGUUGUAUGAUCCAUCAGCAGGAACUUGGACAACGACUGGUAGCUUGAUUAAUGGACGAUCUGAGCACACAGCAUCCGUAUUGACAAAUGGAAAAGUGUUAGUUACUGGUGGAAGGAAUGACAGUUCUUAUCUAAAUAGUGCUGAAUUGUAUGAUUCGUUAACAGGAACUUGGACACCGACUGGUAAUAUGCAUGAUGCACGACUUGAGCACGUAGCAUCCGUAUUAAUAAAUGGAAAAGUGUUGGUUACUGGUGGAUAUACGAAUGGUGCUCUAAAUAGUUCAGAAUUAUAUUAA